CACAACGUCCUCACCCCGCAUCGUCAUCAUCUGCUUCGCCGACUUCGCUCUCGCCGCCAACAACAUCACCUCAGUAUCUUGACCUCACAACUCUGCUCUCAUCACAUCAAAGAUCUAAACCAUUCAGACAUAAUCAUGGCACCUUAUCUCGGCAGUCCCGACGAACAGCAGGAGAGGCCUAAACUGCGCCAAAUCCACUGCUCCGGUAGUCCAUACGAGAUCGGAUUCCAACAUGGCAGCGAAGCCCGACAUCAAGUCUCUCGGACCAUUGAAUUCUACACGGGCAUGUUCAAAGACACGGCGAAGAUGGACUGGGCGCAGGUGCGCGAGUUGGCCAUGGACGACUACGAGCCUGUCAUUCGGCAGAAGUGGCCGCAUUAUCACGAGGAGAUGAGAGGCGUAGCAGAAGGCGCCCGCGUUGCCCUCGCCGAUAUAAUCGCCUGCAACGUCCGCACGGAAAUCACCUUCGGCCUCUUCUCCGACGGCUGCACCGCCCUCUCCUGGCACACGGCGGCGUCGAGCUUCCUCGCGCAAAACUGGGACUGGAACGAAGCGCAGAAAGCGAACCUCGUAGCCCUGACCAUCGACCAGUCCGCCGCGCGCAAGCCGACGAUCAAAAUGAUCACGGAAGCCGGGCUGAUAGGCAAGAUCGGCCUCAACUUUGCGGGAGUGGGCGUGUGUCUGAACGCGAUCAAGAUGAAAGGUGCGGAUCCCGGGCGUCUGCCUUGCCAUUUGGGCUUGCGGAUGGUGCUGGAUUCCGAGAGUCGCGAGGCUGCUGUGCGGCAGUUGGAGGCGUUUGGUGUGGCGUCCUCAUGCCACAUGCUCAUCGCCGAUGCGUCGGGCGGGAUAGGACUCGAGUGGAGUUCGGCCGACGUGCAGAAGUGCGAGAUGAAUGCUGCGGGCCAGGUGUUCCAUUCGAACCACUACUUGCAAAAACACCCGAGUACCGGCCCGGACACGAACUGGUUGGCGGACUCUACCUUUCGUGUGGCGAGGAUUGAGGAGUUGGCUGGGGGUCUGGUGCGUGGGGAGCCGAGUGCUGAGGCGCUGUUUGAGGUAUUCAAGGACGAGACGAAUGCGCCGGGGGCGAUUUGUCGGAUUCAGAAGGGGCAUAGUACGUCGGCGACGCUGUUCAAUAUCGUGAUGGAUUUGAAGGCUAGACGGGCGGGCGUUACGCUUGGGCGGCCGAUUGAUCCGGAUGAUUACUUGGAGUUGGCUUUUGAUUGAUGGUCGUUACACAUGGUCGUGAUGUAGUAAUGACAAGGUGCAAUGACUUCAAUCCUCUGGAUCAACAC